AUGAUCUCGGCCAGGACCACGGCACCUCGCAGAGUUCUCGACCCGGAGAAGUGUCGCCAUUAUGCACAAUUCGCAUCCCGUCUCCAAACGCACAGUUUCGAUAUCAUCUACUGGCCUCUCUUCUCUCUCGUUGUCUUCAUGCUCUUCCUCUCCUCCUGGUACUACGGCAGAUCUAUAGAUGCCGUCGAGAAGUUCUCACCGCGGUCGCCAGAGCACCGCCGCCAGAUGAAGAAGUGCAUGUGCGUCUGCGCCCUGUGCACCGCCGUCUCGAUCGCCUCGGUCGUCAUGGAGACGUUUGCGCUCCUGGCGCUGCAGUUCUGCGACGGCGAGGACCUGCUGCAGCUGUACUGGUCCACCUUCACCAUGGUGCAGAUCGGCAGCGUCGUCGCCAUCUUUGGCGUCAUGCUCUCGGUCUGGCACUCGCUCCGGGGCCGGAAGCACCCGCCGUGGGCCCUGGCAUUGGGCACGCCGGUGCUCGUCAUCGCCGGACUGGGGCACUUCUUCAACGCUGCGCUGCAAAGAAAGAUCAAGGAGAAGGCGCGCCGUAGAAAAGAGGCAGGCGGCAGCGCUGCCUCGAUGUCGCUGAGCCAGAGCCCUACGCAGCAAAACGAGGGCGAGGGACAGAAUGACCAGGCCUCGACGAGCUACAAUGCCAAGCUGAUCGGGUAUACACCGGGAGGGGGUCCUAUAAUCCAGUUUGAUGAGAAACCCGAGCCCCUGGAUGAGCGGGAAGCUACGGUCAUCAGCACAGGCAUCGAUGGGGCUGUCACUGUUGCAUUUGGCAAAGAAGUCAAGAUCGUAGUCAGCAAUGAGGAGACCGCAGAGGAACAGGCGACAUGUGCGACACCAGGUAUGGCUGAGCCGAAUUCAGUGUCGUUCGCACAGGCAUCACGAACGGGGUCGGUUAGUGGCCAGACCCUCGUGGCAGCUGGAUGA